AUGUCGCUGAACCCCGAAGCCAAGAAAGAGGUGGACAAAGAAAUGAUUGCUGGUGUUUUCUCAGAUGAUCCAUCAAUACAGUUCAAAUACGCUUCCAUGUUUAAUGCGCAAAAAAGGCCUGUCGAUAAGAUAGUAAAUUCUGGAAAUGUGCCUCGUUACGCUGAGUUUCUUAAGAUGGAAGAUUCAUUCAAGUUACAGUGUGUUGCUGCUUCCAUUCUAAGACAUGUUUCUGAAAAGAACACCAAAGUUCUUAUUGAUCACGGUGCUGUUCAAAUCUUUGUCCAUCUUCUUGCUGGCGCUACUGAUGAUUAUUAUCUCCAUUUUCAGGUUAUGCGUGCACUAGGUAAUGUUGCUAGUGCUUCUAUACAAUCCCGUGACUAUGUUCUACGGUGUGGUGCAUUGACUCCACUGUUGGCUCAGUUCCAUGAGAAUAAUAAUCAGAUAAUGGUUGGAGUUGCCUCUUGGACUUUGUCAAAUUUCUGCUCCGGCAUGCCUCCGCCUCCCUUUCGCCAGAUGAAACCUGCUCUCUCUGCACUUCAGCAAGUUCUUCAUAGAAAUGAUGAAUCGUUUUUGUUAAGUGCAUGUUGUACACUUCAUAAUCUAUCUGAUGGUUCAAAAGAGACCAUCCAGAGCUUUAUCGACGCUGGUCUUGUCCCAAGAAUAGUCCAACUUCUCGGAAACGUUUCUCCAACGGUGAUUGGUCUUGCAUUAACUACCAUUUUGGGUCUAACUAUUGGAGAUAAUCAGCAGACCCAAGUUGUGAUAGAGAGUGAUGUUUUACCUCUUCUUGCCAACCUGCUUACUCGAAACCCUGUUAUACAGUGGAAAACUUGCUGGACGAUUUCAAACAUCACUGCAGGCACUCAAGAACAAAUUCAGGCAGUGAUAGAUGCAAAUCUGAUUCCACCGUUGGUCAAUUUGGCUCAAAAUGCUGAAUUAGAUAUAAAGGAAAAAGCUGUACUUGCAGUCUCAAAUGCAACCUCAGGUGGUUCUCAUGAUCAAAUCAAGUACUUGGUGGAGCAGGGUUGCAUAAAACCUUUGUGUGAUCUCCUGGUAUCUCCAGAUAUGAGGAUCAUCUUAAAGUGUCUGUAUGGAUUGGAAAACAUUUUGAGGGCCGGAGACGUGGAGGAAUACUCCCAGCUGAUUAAAGAUGCGGAAGGGUUAGAAAAGAUUGUGAACCUGCAACACCACAAAAGCAAAGAGGUCUCCGCGAUGGCUUUGGAGAUUCUUGAGACAUACUGGAAGAAGGAGGAUGAUGAGCAGACACAACAACCUCUAAAGUGA